AUGGCAGCGGCGGGCGUCUUCUGGGGAGGCGGGAGGGCGGACGAGGUGGCUGGCUUCGACGAGUACGACCCCACCCCGUACGGCGGCGGCUACGACAUCGCCCUCACGUUCGGGCGCCCGCUACCACCCUCCGAGGAGACCUGCUACCCGAUCUCCACCGCCACCUCCUCCGCCUCCUCGUACGACCGUCCCCAGCAGGCGCAGCACGGAGGCCGGAGGCCCGGGGUCGAGGAGUCCCACGGGUCAGCUGCAGGGUACGGUGGAGGCGGCGGCGGGUACGCGGGGGCGGGGCGGCCUCAUCAGCCUCAUAAGGAGGAGACCCACGGCUACGGGCGGAAGGGAGGACACGACGACGAUGACGAGCAGCAGGCGUACCGGAAGCCGAAGCCGGCGUACGGGGACGACCACGAGCAGCAGGCGUACCGGAAGCCGAAGCCCUCGUACGGGGACGACGACGACGACCAGGCGUACAGGAAGGCGAAGCCGUCGUACGGGGACGAGAAGCCCAGCUACGGCCGGAAGAAGAAAGGUGACGACGAUGACUCGGAUGACGACGACAAGAGGAAACCACGUUACAAAAAGAACGACGACGACGACUCCGAUGACGAUGACAAGAACAAGCGUUACGAGAAGAACAACCGCCGCCGCCAUGACUACGACGAUUGA